AUGGUGCUAUCAGAACAGCAAAUGUGGGCAAUUUCAGCCACAGAACGGGUCUGCUCGACUAUUUCCCUCAUUGGCACUUUCGUGAUCGUCUCCACAUUCAUCUGGUCUACAUCCUUUCGUAAACCUAUCAAUCGUCUGGUGUUUUAUGCGUCAUGGGGUAAUAUCAUGGCCAACGUAGCCGCCAUUAUAGCCCAGGAUGGGAUUCAUAUAGGGAUUGAUAGUGCGCUCUGUCAGUUUCAGGGCUUUCUAAUUCAAUGGUUCAUGCCCGCCGACGCCCUAUGGACCUUUGCCAUGGCAUGCAACGUCUACCUAACCUUCUUCCACAAAUACAACUCCGAGCAACUCCGUCAGCUAGAAUGGAAGUAUGUCCUGUUCUGCUACGGCACACCGUUCGUCCCAGCUUUCGCAUACUUCUUCGUCACAACCCAGGCUCGAGGUCGGAUCUAUGGCUCUGCAAUCCUCUGGUGCUGGAUCGCUAUCCCGUGGGACUUCCUCCGUAUAGCCAUCUUCUACGGACCAGUCUGGUUCGUCAUCUCACUAACAUUCGCCAUCUACCUCCGCGCAGGAUCAGUCAUUUAUCAAAAACGACGCCAACUCCGAAACCUCGGCGGUAUCGACUCUCUCGACCCUUAUUUCGUACCGUCUGUGUCACCCUUUGCUACCCUGGCUGGUAUUCAGGUUACUAGGGAAAUUGCAUGCUACUCGCCUGAGCAGCGGUAUCCAUCCACCAGUGGUCCACACGGUCUUCCGUCUCCUUCGUUCAAGCCAUACUCUGUUACCAUUCAGGGUGGGAGCUCUGGAGAUGUGCCACUCAGCUCGGAACAUAAUUCACGGCUUACUUCUUUUCCGCCGCAGAAGGAUGGUCAAUUUAAGGCUGGACGGGUGGAUAUGGAUUCUGCGUCCCAGCGGAGGUCUCUUGCUACUGAGGCUAAUUCGGCUGCUUGGGCGUAUACUAAGUAUGCCAUGUUGUUUUUUAUUGCUUUGCUUGUGACUUGGGUCCCAUCUACGAUAAACAGAGCCUACUCACUCGCUCACCCAGACAGAGUCUCUUUCGGUCUCAAAUUUGUCGGUGCCUUCGUUCUUCCACUUCAAGGCUUUUGGAAUAGUCUUAUUUACGUCUCGAUCUCAUGGCCUGCUUUCAAAUUGCUUUGGCAGGAUAUCCGUGCCCAAGCAGCUUUAUGUCAUAUUUCUUGCUUUAAGGCAAAGCUGGAGCCUUCUCAUACACGAAGAGGAUCAGUGAGUUUGAAAAUCCCUGUCGCGCUGGAGGAAGGUAGAAUAGACCCUUGA